GUCUAUUCUCUCUCUCUCGCUGUCUUUGGUAAUGUACUACAGUAGCUCUGGUUUAGCUGUGGCAAUCAGAACAAUGACUCUGCUGAGGAGAGGGUGUCAAUAGAAAACAGUGUUAUUGCACGGAUUUUUGUGUGUUUUGGUGUCGCUUUUUGUAUUUCUUUACAAAUGCACCAAUCGUAAAAAAAUGUGGAUACCUACAGAACAUGAGAAAUACGGCGUUGCGCUAGCCAGUUUUCGAGGAACUGUCCCACAUGGUAUAUCGUUGGAGAUUGGUGAUACAGUGCAGAUAUUGGAGAAAUGCGAAGGCUGGUACAGAGGGGUUGUUCUGAAGAAUCCAAAUACAAAGGGAAUUUUUCCAUCUAACUAUGUGCACUUGAAAAAUGCUAAUGUCAAGAACAAAGGGCAAUUUGAAACAGUCAUUCCGACAGAAGACUCUGUCAUUACUGAGAUGACCUCAACUUUGAGAGAUUGGGGCACUAUGUGGAAACAACUUUACGUGAAGAAUGAAGGGGAUUUGUUCCACAGACUAUGGCAUGUAAUGAACGAGAUAUUAGACCUACGAAGGCAAGUACUCGUAGGGCACCUAACUCUCGACCGGAUGAAAGAUGUAAAGCAGCACAUCACUGCACGUCUUGACUGGGGAAAUGAACAGCUGGGAUUGGAUUUGGUUCCAAGGAACGAGUUUAGUAUGGUGGACCCGGAUGAAAUCAGUGUUACAGAGCUGUACAAACUGAUGGAACACCGGCAUCGAAAAAAAGAAACCCCCGUCCCGGCUAGCACUCACCACUUGUUUGUGCAGAUGAAAAGCCUGAUGAGCUCUAACCUCGGAGAAGAGCUGGAGGUCUUCUUUUCCCUAUACGACAGCCGAGAGAACCGUCCAAUAAGUGAACGAUUCUUUGUACGAUUAAAUAAGAACGGCUUGCCAAAAUCACCAGAGAAAACUGAAAGACAGUGUACCCUUUUUGUAGAUUUGGGGAGCAGUGAUCUCAGGAGAGAUGUAUACAUUACUGUCCAUAUUAUAAGAAUAGGACGGAUGGGAGCAGGAGAGAAGAAGAACGUCAGCAGUGUGCAGUAUCGACGGCCGUUUGGAUGCGCAGUGAUCAGCAUUGCUGACCUGUUGACCGCAGACUCGAAGGAUGACCACAUUUUAAAAGUUUACAUGUGCAACACAGAAAAUGAAUGGUAUCAAAUACAGGAGAAUAUUAUCAGGAAAGUGAAUGCCCGAUACAACCUCACAGGCUCCAAUGCUGGUCUUGCAGUUUCUCUUCAGCUGUUGCAUGGGGACAUUGAACAGAUCAGAAGGGAGUACAUGGUGCUGUUUACGCGGGGGGUGGCUAUAACAAAAAAACUGGGCUUCUCUGAUAUCAUUAUGCCAGGGGAAAUGAGAAACGAUUUGUACAUAACCAUGGAAAGAGGAGAGUUUGAAAAAGGGGGAAAAAGCGUGGCGAGAAAUGUUGAGAUCACGGUGUAUGUGCUGGAUAUUGAUGGGCAGAUUCUCAAGAACUAUGUCUCAGCAGGUUCGGGAGAGCCAGCAUUAAGCGAAUUUCACUCCUUUGUGCUGUAUCACAAUAACAGCCCCCGGUGGGCAGAGCUGCUCAAACUUCCUAUUCCUGUGGAUAUGUUCAGGGGAUCCCAUGUCCGCUUCGAAUUCAGGCACUGUUCCACGAAAGAAAAGGGGGAGAAGAAGUUAUUUGGGUUUUCCUUUGUUCCGCUGAUGCAGGAAGAUGGCAGGACUUUGCCAGAUGGCACCCACGAACUCAUUGUCCACAAGUGUGAAGAAAAUGCGAACCUCCAGGACUCUGCUCGCUACCUCAAGUUGCCGUUUUCAAAAGGAAAUCUCCCAGGAAGCAACCAAGCUGUGAAAACCACGAAGGAGUCCUUUUGGAUCACAUCAUUUCUCUGCUCUACUAAACUCACACAAAAUGGAGACAUGCUGGAUCUUCUUAAGUGGAGAGCCCAUCCUGAAAGGAUAACAGACAGUCUGUCUAAGUUGAAAGAGAUAGAUGGUUCAGAAAUAGUGAAGUUUCUGCAAGACACAUUGGAUACAUUGUUUGGUAUUUUAGAUGAAAGCCCUCAGAAAUAUGGGUUGAAGGUUUUCGACUGCUUAGUUCAUAUUAUCAAUUUGCUGCAGGACAGCAAAUUUCAGCAUUUUAAGCCAGUCAUGGAUACUUACAUUGAAAGUCAUUUUGCAGGAGCUUUGUCUUACAGGGACCUCAUUAAGGUGUUAAAGUGGUAUGUGGACCGAAUAGUAGAAGCUGAACACCAGGAACGCAUUCAACAGGUGCUCAAGGCUACAGAGUAUAUAUUCAAGUAUAUUAUUCAGUCUCGUCGCCUGUUCUCUCUUGCCACUGGUGGGCAGAGCGAGGAAGAAUUUCGUUGCUGUGUUCAUGAGCUCUUCAUGUCAAUCCGAUUCUUUCUUUCUCAAGAAAGCAAAGGAUCUAGUCCUGUUACACAGACACAAGCAGUAUUUCUGAAUACCUUUCCAUCUGUCUACCGAGAACUGCUGAAGCUAUUUAGUGUACAGGAAGUGGCUAACUUUAUACGAGACACAUUGGGCAGCUUGCCAGCAAUCACGCAUGCAGAUUGCCCCUUGGAAGCUGUCAAACUGCAGUGCAUUGCAAAAACGGUGGAGAGCCACCUGUACACCAACCCUGAUUCCCGCUGCAUUCUGUUACCAGUGGUUUUGCACCACCUCCACAUGCAUUUGCAGGAGCAAAAGGACCUUGUCAUGUGUGCACGUAUCCUUAGCAGUAUGUUUUCUCUCAUCAAAAAAGAUAGCACAGAAACAUCAGUCUCUGAAGAAAUAGAUCUGAUUGUGGAAAGCCUGUUGGGUGUGUUGCUAAGAACCAUAUUAGAAAUCACCAACCGACCACAGCCGGCUGGAACUGCCCUACGGUUGCAGUUCCAGGAUAUCACAGGUGAAUUUGUGGCCUGUCUGCUGGUUCUACUCCGACAAAUGACAGAUAAACACUACCAACAGCUUCUAGAAGGCUUUACAAACAAAGAAGAACUGAGGGAUUUCCUGCUGCAGAUCUUUACAGUGUUUCGGAUUCUUAUAAGGCCAGAAAUGUUUCCAAAAGACUGGACGGUCAUGCGACUGGUGACCAACAAUGUAAUCAUCACGACAGUGUUGUAUCUCUCUGACGCUCUGCGCAAAAAUUUCCUGAAUGAAAAUUUUGACUACAAGGUUUGGGAUUCCUACUAUUAUCUUUCAGUCAUAUUCAUAAACCAACCAUGUCUUCAGCUAGAGAUGUUUUCACCUUCCAAAAAGAAGAAGGUGUUAGAAAAGUAUGGGGACAUGAGGGUCAUGAUGGGCUGUGAGAUCUUCAGUAUGUGGCAGAAUUUAGGAGAGCACAAAGUUCACUUUAUUCCAGCAAUGAUCGGUCCAUUCCUUGAAGUGACACUUGUUCCUCAGCCAGACCUGCGGAACGUGAUGAUCCCGAUAUUUCACGACAUGAUGGACUGGGAACAGAGGAGAAGUGGCAGCUUUAAACAGGUGGAAGCCAAACUUAUAGACAAGCUGGACAGCUUGAUGUCAGAGGGAAGAGGGGAUGAAACGUACCGGGAGCUCUUCAACAGCAUAAUACCUCUGUUUGGCCCGUAUCCUAGCCUACUGAAGAAAAUCGAGAGGGAGACCUGGAGGGAGAGUGGGAUUUCAUUGAUAGCCACUGUUACACGGCUCAUGGAAAGACUGUUAGAUUACAGGGACUGUAUGAAGGUUGGGGAGGUAGAUGGCAAAAAGAUCGGAUGCACAGUUAGUCUACUGAAUUUCUACAAAACAGAGUUAAACAAGGAAGAAAUGUAUAUACGUUAUAUACAUAAACUGUAUGAUCUACAUUUGAAAGCUCAGAACUACACAGAGGCUGCCUACACACUUUUACUGUACGAUGAGCUGCUAGAAUGGUCUGACAGGCCUCUGAGAGAGUUUCUGAAUUACCCUAUGCAGACGGAAUGGCAGCGCAAAGAAUACCUGCAUCUCACCAUUAUUCAGAAUUUUGACAGGGGGAAAUGUUGGGAGAAUGGUGUAAUCCUCUGCAGGGAACUUGCAGAUCAAUAUGAGGCCUACUAUGACUACAGGAAUCUUAGCAAGAUGAGGAUGAUGGAAGCUUCCUUAUAUGACAAAAUAAUGGAUCAACAGCGUCUGGAGCCGGAAUUCUUCAGAGUUGGGUUCUAUGGAAAGAAGUUUCCCUUCUUUUUAAGGAACAAGGAGUUUGUUUGCCGGGGACAUGACUAUGAGAGACUGGAGGCCUUCCAGCAGCGAAUGUUGAAUGAGUUCCCACACGCUAUCGCCAUGCAGCACGUCAACCAGCCUGAUGAGACCAUCUUUCAGGCAGAGGCACAAUAUUUGCAGAUCUAUGCUGUGAGUCCUAUCCCUGAAAGUCAAGAUGUUCUGCAGAGAGAUGGAGUACCUGACAAUAUCAAGAGCUUUUAUAAAGUCAACCACAUCUGGAGAUUCAGAUAUGACAGACCUUUCCAUAAAGGAACAAAGGAUAAAGAAAAUGAAUUCAAGAGCUUGUGGGUGGAACGGACCACGCUGACAUUAGUGCAGAGUUUACCUGGAAUCUCUCGAUGGUUUGAAGUGGAAAAACGAGAGCUGGUGGAGAUGAGUCCUCUUGAAAAUGCUAUUGAAGUAAUAGAGAAUAAAAACCUGCAGCUAAGAGCACUCAUAACUCAGUGUCAAGCAAGACAAAUGCAGAAUAUCAACCCACUCACAAUGUGCCUGAAUGGAGUCAUUGAUGCUGCUGUUAAUGGUGGCCUUGCAAGAUACCAGGAGGCAUUUUUUGUGAAGGACUACAUUGUGAACCAUCCUGAGGAUGGAGAAAAAAUUGGACGCCUGAGGGAGCUUAUGUUUGAACAGGCUCAGAUUCUGGAGUAUGGAUUAGCUGUUCAUGAAAAGUUUGUACCUCAGGAUAUGAGACCAUUGCAUAAAAAGCUGGUUGAUCAGUUUCAUCUGAUGAGAUCAAGUUUGGGAAUACAGGAUUUCCCAGCAUAUGUUCGUGCAAGUCCAGUUCAUUUCACCAAUGGAAGUCCACGUGUAUGCAGAAACUCCGUGCCUAAUGUCAUAAGCCCUGAUGGUGCUAGAGUAAUCUCCAGACGCAGCCCUCUGAGCUACCCAGCCGUCAACAGAUACUCGUCCUCUUCCCUCUCAUCACAAGCCUCUAAUGAAGUAAGCAACAUCACAGGACAGUCAGAAAGUUCUGAUGAAGUCUUCAACAUGCAGGGAUUUUUGUUUCAGCCAAGUCCAUCUACCUCAAGCUUAAGUUCUACUCAUUCUGCCUCUCCAAAUGUGACCAGCUCUGCUCCAUCCAGUGCCAGAGGUUCCCCAUUGCUGUCCGACAAACACAAACAUUCCAGAGAGAACUUCUGCCUUUCUCCAAGAGAAAGGCCCUGCAGUGCCAUUUACCCAAACCCCUUGGAAGCCCCUCAGAGGAUGCUUGCUCAUCAAAUAGGGGAUAACUCCUUACCAAGAAGUGAUCCAAAUAUUUCGGCACCAGACAAAGUAGUGAAUCCCACUCCAAGCAGCUGGAGUCUGGAUAGUGGUAAAGAAGCAAAUACACAAUUUUCAGAAACUGUUGGAAAGUUGGUAUGUCCACCUGUACCACCCAGAACUCCACAACCAGGCUCUCCUGCAAAAAACAUGCAGCCUCUGUCUCCAAUAACUACCCUCAGAUCUCCACAAAAGCAGAGCUCUGUGCAGUCAUUUACUCCAUCUCCUACCGAGUACCAGUCCUCUGGGUUGGUAUCCAACUCUCCGGUUCUGUCAGGAAGUUACAGCAGUGGGAUCUCGUCGCUGAGCCGGUGUAGUGUAUCAGAAACAUCUGGCACUGAAGCUCAACCGAGUGAUCAGAUGCUAACAACGUCAGCCUCCAGUGGUUCUGAUGAACUGACAAGAAGGGAGAAUAAAACCCCUCCACCUUACAGUGUCUAUGAACGUUCAAACUCAAGGCGACCAGUGCCACUACCUCACAGUCUCUCUGUUCCUGUCAGCUCAGAUCCACCAGCUCUCCCGCCAAAACCGCACCAGCUCCGACCCAACAAACUGGAACAUGAAGGCAAAAGAAGUGAACAAGUCUCGAGGCCUAGGCCUCUGCCUAGAAAAGUAUCUCAGCUAUAGCAGCUGAUUUAUUUUUUGCACUGUCACACUUUUUCCUUUUUUAUUAAUGAAAAAUGUUUUAGGAAGAUCAUAAACUGUAAAUGGUGAACAUUUACACACAACUACAAUCAGUAUCUUUAGU